AUGGCGUUAUCUGUUCCACCUCCUCCACCACCAAUGCCGAACUCGAAUCCUGUCUUCAAUGGCAAUUGGAGGAUUAAAAGUGAGUCGCAAAAUACGGGUAUUGCGCAGAGUUCCAUUGAGAUACCCGAACGACAAAGCGUUGCGUCGCUACGUGAACAACUCGCGAAUAAACUCGAAGUAAAGGCACCGAAUGGCACUAAAGCGAUUGUGCACAGUGCUCGUGAACGUCAACAACGUUCCUGUGUAACGCCUGUAUCAUUCGAUCGUAUUCCAAAAUCCCUGGAUUUUGGACGACUGAAUUCAACCGGCGAUACCACAGCACAACUGAACGGCAACUCACCAUUACAUAUGAGUCAGAAUGGCCGCAUUUCAGUGCAAGGCAGUCGUAUACCAGUAGCGGAUUCCGCGCCAUCAUCAGAAUACGUUAAGCCAAUAGUUCAUGAACCAGCCCAACGUCACCUUUCAUGCAUAACACCAUUGCCCUUCUCAAAAUCUCUCCUGCACCAGAGUGCCACCUCUCAAGAAUUGUCACCGGUUAUCUACACACCUGCAUCAGAGCAAUCAUUCACAUCCGAUUACCAUAGCAACUAUGAGGGUACUCCAUUGCACGAAACCUCGAAUAAUGGCAUAUUUCAUUUGGGACACACUGAAUCUAACUACGCAAAAUCAUCCCUAUCAAAUGAACAUGAACUGAGCAUGAACGAGUCAAAUCUAGGAAACAGCAAGGAAGCGCAUACAGAUUCAGCGAUCGACUUAACAAUGCCUUCGCCUCUGUCCACUAAACAGGCUUCGUUAAACGGUGAUCAACCGGAGAAAUUGUCUAACGAAUGUGCAAAAGUUGAUGACUACUCUGAUAUAGCCUCACCAUCCAGUGUUCUAUCAAUCGGUUCAUCGAGCACUCAUCCGCAUCCGCAACCAGAAAUGCCAGCCUUCUCCACUCCAUACUAUCGAGAGUCUGAGCGAUCCACGAAGCAACAACGCGAAGAGUCCUCAUCAAAAGUGACAUCAGCAGAUGAACGUCAGUCAAAAACUAGUCCCGCCUCUCGUCGCAGCGAUCAGCAACUCAACGAUGGCCUUUUUAGCAGCAGUGCUAGAGAAGAUGUAGCAGUGCCGUCCUUAUCCACAUCGCAAUAUGCGCUCGACUCAAAAUUGAUGCAGUAUUCUGAUGACAACACUAGCAAUCAAAAUAAGCAAUUCGAAACGUCAACCCUAAUGAACCAUACCUCACCCCAACGUCAGUACCAUCAAAAACAAUACCACCAAGUACCGUCUGCAAAAGAUGUGAAUCAGUUAAGUGAACAACUCAAACAGUCAUCAUCAGAUAAUUCUUACUGGUAUAAGAAAAUGUUCCAGCGAAUGCAUAAAAUUGAAAGUCAACAAGACCAGUCCAUACUGAAGUACCGAACUGCUCGAGAUUUAACAUCACCAGUUCCAUCACAUCAUACCAGUCGUGCGUGGACACCAACAGCGACCCUGGAAUCACGUUUCGAUUACGAAUGCUUGCCGCCACGACGGUGCAAAAGUGUUGGACGUUAUGUGGAUUCUGGACACCGUGACAGCCCGUCCGAAGAUACCGAAAAGGAUAUUGUUGAGCGAUGGCGACGAGAACGCGCUCAGCUUUCGGCCAGAACAACCCAGGCUGAGUCCACGGCGGCACGAAGUCCGUCACUUCAUCUGAUCUCGUCUUCUUUAGCCACACAACAACACCAGUCGAACUCUCCUUCUCGUCCUGCCAGUCGAGCCGCAAAUGCCUCUUCCCAUACGAAUGGUGUGUCAAGUUGUGGUGCUUCACCAACUUGCACCACAGCAACUAAUCAUAAUCGUCCUAAUGACUCUAACUCUAAUCCCACUAAUAACAACAAUAAGCCUAACCAAUUCGCUUUUCAACGUUCUCGUGUAACACACUUCCACUUACCAUCGUAUCGCUUCCAAAAUCAGGAUCAGCGUCCAAUCCCAUCGUUAACAUCGAACUGUUGGCGUUGUGGUCGUUUGAAGCGUCAACUGUCGUGGCGUGAAAUCGAAUUUUUAUAUGGUUGUUUGGGCAAGAAGGGUAUUCAUCAGGAGUCGUUCAAUGAGAAUCUCAAUGGACGUAUCAAGAACGCACACAUCGGUGAUCGACUGGAAGACGCUUGCAAACAGUUCGAUUACUUAUUAGAGUCUUUAGACGUAAGACGACGUCGUUCGUCAUAUUCCGCUGCUCAGUCGUAUGGCCGUAAGCAGUCACUAUCGCCACCAUGCAAACAUCAUCAAUCACAAUCAGAUGCUCUUCCACUGACGAUCGCACCCAAGCAAUUAUUUCGAGAUUUUUCACUUUCAAUUCUAACCGAUUGUAAACCUUCAACCAGCAAAGUAACAGAGCUGUCAUCGAUUACACGAUUCCGUUACGUCCAAAGUCAAAUCGUUUUGGUGGCCAAAACGAUCGAUUCGAUUUGUUUUGCAGAAAAUGGAUCGCUAGGGAGAGAUUUAUACGAACUAAAGAAAUCUGCCAAAGAAGAAUUGCUGAAUCGACAGCGAGUGGAGAAACUCAGUGAAGAACUGGAAGAACAGCGUAAUCGGAGGCAUGGCUAUGUUCCGUCAGCCUCACCAGCCCUACAGAAGAAUUUCGAUCGCUUCGAUGGUCUUCUCAGUGAGUUCGGUCAGAGCGAUCAUCGACGAGCCACAACACCAUCAUUUGCUACGACACCUCAUCAAGUUAUAGCCACUUGUACAGCGCUGUAUUCAUUCAAAGCGCAGUCUGCGAGAGAAUUAUCGUUUAAUCGUGGUGAUGUUAUCCGGGUGCAUCGCGUUGUGGACGCAAAUUGGUUGGAAGGUGAACGAAACGGUCAAGUGGGAAUAUUGCCAUCAUCGUAUGUGCAGAUGGAUGAAGGGGUUGCCACCGAACGCAUGAAAAUGAUCGCUUUAUAUCCAUUCUUCGGCAGGAAUCGCAAUGAACUAUCCUUGAAAAAGGGUGAAGUUGUGGAGUACAGGCGAACCAUUGAUGCAAACUGGAUGGAAGGAGUGAACUGUCAUGGUGAGAUUGGAAUAUUCCCGAAAACGUACGUUCAGGAAUUUAGUGAGUCAGAUUUGAGGAUAGCACCCACCUCAAAUGUGGACGAAUGUAUUCCGGAUCGACCGAAAACACCAAAGAUUAUCACCUCGUCACACAGUGAUGCAGUUCGUAUUCAUUUCAACACUGAAAUUAGUCGUGUUGACGAUUGCGAUAUGAAUCAUGCAUUUUUCACCACACUAAGUCUCUAUCAGUGUGGCAAAACUGAAUCAUCGUUUGCAACACGUUGCCACUAUCAUCCUUUACGAGCGUCGUGGAAAAGUGUUCGUGAUGAGAUUCGACGUUCACCUGCGAUAGCAAUAUCUAUCGAUAGGGCAGCAUUGUUAAGUGCUGAACUGCAGACGACCCCAUCUUGCUCAGAAUCACUCUUGAAUCGCGCAAUGAAUGUGGCCCUUCAGAAGUACAUUUACGUAAUUAUUGUACGUUUCAUUGACCACACGUUGACAAUGCGUUCACCGCCGAAUCAAUACAAACUGACAAUUUUGUAUCGCAAAUUCGGCAGACAGUUAGCUGCCGCACUGAGGGCGAUUCCUUUCGAUCAAAAUGAAUGCUGGAAUAUUCUCGAGAAUCGUCUUCUGUACAAUUUGAUUGCAUCCCGAUGUAGCGUUCGUACGCUGCUAGCAUGGCAUGCGUUCAUUGACGAGAUCUCGACGGUUGUUCUCCAAGGAUUUUGUCAAGCGGUAAUAAGUGAUUUACCCAAUCCGCUACCAACAAUUUUCGAGGAGACACCAAUGCAAUGUUUUCACUUCGAGCCAGCUGCACAACAAGCGAAUAUUUUCACGAGAAUAUUCGCAAAACUUGAACUCUUAGACUUGUGUGCAUGCUUGAGUGCAUUUGCUGAUGAUAUGUGCUGUUCAAGGGACGAAAGUCAAUUGCCAACGAGAAAGAUGAAUCACGGCAACGAAGUACAAGCGUGGCAGCAAAAACACACAAAAGAAGGCCUCUCGGGAGCUGCGCAUAUCGUGCCGAGAAAUGCAGAGACAUAUCGAGCCUUAUAUGCAUACAAACCACGGAAUGUUGACGAACUUGAGUUGUGUGAAAACGAUAUUGUUUUCGUUGUUGAGAAAUGUGAUGAUGGCACAUUGUUACGAACCGGUCAAUUCGGAACGUUCCCGGGAAAUUAUGUAGAAAAGCAUUGA